CGCCCCGCCUGCCGCCCCGGGCCCGCUCCCAGCCCGGUUCCCGGUCCCAGCGCAGCGCACGCCGCCCCCGCCGCAGCCAUGUCCAAGCAGCCGCGGGCCGGCCGGGAGGAGAUCCUGGAGUGCCAGGUGAUGUGGGAGCCUGACAGCAAGAAGAACACGCAGAUGGACCGCUUCCGGGCGGCCGUGGGCGCCGCCAGCGGCCUGGCGCUGGAAAAUUAUGAUGACUUAUACCACUGGUCAGUUGAAUCAUAUCCAGACUUCUGGGCAGAGUUCUGGAAAUUCAGUGGAAUUGUCUUCUCACGCAUGUAUGAUGAGGUCGUGGACACGUCGAAAGGCAUCGCAGAUGUCCCCGAGUGGUUCAAAGGCAGUCGUCUAAACUACGCGGAAAACCUCCUGCGGCACAAAGAGAAUGACCGAGUUGCCCUAUAUGCUGCAAGGGAAGGCAGAGAGGAAAUCGUGAAGGUGACAUUUGAAGAGUUGAGGCAAAAAGUGGCUUUGUUUGCAGCAGCAAUGAGGAAAAUGGGUGUGAAACAAGGAGACCGGGUGGUUGGUUAUUUACCCAACGGUGUGCAUGCUGUGGAGGCCAUGCUGGCCGCAGCGAGCAUCGGCGCCAUCUGGAGUUCCACAUCCCCAGACUUUGGUGUGAAUGGCGUCCUGGACCGCUUUUCUCAAAUCCAGCCGAAGCUCAUCUUCUCCGUGGAGGCCGUCGUGUACAACGGCAAAGAGUAUAGCCACAUGGACAAGUUGCAGCAGGUGGUGAAAGGACUUCCGGACUUGAAGAAGGUGGUGCUGAUUCCUUACGUUGCCUCGAAAGAGAAGAUAGACAUUUCCAAGAUUCCAAACAGCGUGUUCCUGGAUGAUUUUCUUGCCACUGGGAAAGGCGCGCAGGCCCCGCAGCUGGAGUUCGAGCAGCUGCCCUUCAGCCACCCCCUCUUCAUCAUGUUCUCGUCGGGCACGACCGGGGCGCCCAAGUGCAUGGUGCAUUCCGCUGGGGGCACCCUUAUCCAGCACCUGAAGGAGCACGUCCUUCACGGCAACAUGGGCAGCAGCGACAUCUUGCUGUAUUACACCACGGUCGGCUGGAUGAUGUGGAACUGGAUGGUGUCGGCUCUUGCCACAGGGGCGGCUGUGGUCUUGUACGACGGCUCCCCGCUGGUGCCCACGCCCAACGUGCUCUGGGACCUGGUUGACAGGAUAGGCAUCACCAUCCUCGGAACGGGUGCCAAGUGGCUGGCCGUCCUUGAAGAGAAACAGCUGAAGCCAGUGGAAACCCACAGUCUCCAGACGCUUCACACGAUCCUGUCCACUGGCUCCCCUCUGAAGGCCGAGAGCUAUGACUACGUCUACAAGUGCAUUAAGAGCAGCGUCCUCCUGGGCUCCAUCUCAGGGGGCACCGACAUCAUCUCCUGCUUCAUGGGCCAGAAUUUUUCUGUUCCUGUCUAUAGAGGGGAGAUUCAGGCCCGGAACCUGGGGAUGGCCGUGGAAGCCUGGAACGAGGAAGGAAAGGCAGUGUGGGGGGAGAGCGGCGAGCUGGUGUGCACCAAGCCGAUCCCCUGCCAGCCCACGCACUUCUGGAACGAUGAGAACGGGAGCAAGUACAGGAAGGCCUAUUUCUCCAGAUUCCCAGGUGUCUGGGCACACGGUGACUUCUGCAGAAUCAACCCCAAGACGGGGGGCAUCAGCAUGCUGGGCCGGAGUGACGGCACACUCAACCCCAACGGAGUGCGAUUUGGCAGCUCGGAAAUCUAUAACAUUGUGGAGGCCUUCGAGGAGGUGGCAGACAGCCUCUGCGUCCCCCAGUACAACAAGGACGGGGAGGAGAGGGUGCUUCUCUUCCUGAAGAUGGCUUCCGGCCACUCGUUCGGGCCCGAGCUGGUGAAAAGCAUCUGUAACGCCAUCCGCGUCGGCCUGUCUGCACGGCAUGUGCCCAGCCUCAUCCUGGAGACCAAGGGCAUCCCGUACACCCUCAACGGCAAGAAAGUGGAAGUGGCCGUGAAGCAGGUCAUCGCUGGAAAAGCCGUGCAGCACCGAGGGGCCUUCUCGAACCCCGAGGCCCUAGAUUUGUACCGGGACAUCCCCGAGCUGCAGGACUUCUGAGUCGGCCCGGCUCGCUCGGCACCUGCCACGUGCGUCUGUGCUCUGACUUUCGCGGGGUCAGACGUUACUUUGGGAAGGCAAGUGUCUGCGGGCUGGGGGAAGCGUUGUGUCCGGGCCGCAGUCGCGUCUGGUGGCUUCCCUACCUCUUCCUGGACUGUGUGCUGACCUUCAGAGGCCAAAAAGGAGCAUUUGGUUGUGUGUGUGGUGAGGCUUGGAGAGUGUGUGUCUUUGCACAAGUGUUCUUGCACGCACCAUGCCUCGAGGAGCCGGGGUUGGCCUGUGCGUGGACCGUUGUGGCUGACAGCUGUGGUCAAGGCCACGGCCCCGCUUCCCUCUCUGGCAGCGGCGCCCCUCUGAGGAGCCAUCUUGCCUUCAGCCUCGUGCCUGUAGUCCCCUUCACUGUCUUCAGGUGUAAAUCUGUGUCUCCCUCUUAUGUGGGUCUCCUGGCUCUGGCCGUCGUCCCUCGGGGCCUGGCUGUCCGCGGUGACACGUGGCCCGGUCCCCAGGUGGCCCAGCGCUCCUGCAGGUCCUGGUGCAGCUACGUGUCGCGCCCACCCGACUGCACCGCCGGCCAGCAGAGGCUCCCGUGGGACCACACAUGGCUUUUGUGCUUCAACGGGGUUUCCUUAUUUCAUGGACUUAGAGUGGUUUAAAAAUAUUGUAACAUUAUUAUCCGGUGUGUGUGGGUGUUAGACAACUGGACGCCCGCCCUAUGGGGUGGCCUCACUCUCAGGGCGCCGGCAGGCCGUCAGGGCGGCGGGCACGGGCCCUCCCGAGUCGCAGCUGCCUGGCCUCAGGGGACAUGGCCUUGCUUCUCCUCCCCCCGGGGGCUCUCGGGACGUCGCGUGGAAGCGGUGUUCCCAGCAGCUGUAAAUCGAGUCACGGGUUCAUUCGCGGGGCGGUUCAUGUGUGUUCUCCGUUCAGCACGUUAACGAGUUCCUGUAAUCCUGAUGUUCGUUUUUGUAUUUUUAAAAACAACACAAUGAAAACCUGUUUUGAAUCUCUUUUCUUCUGGAUUAUAAAAACACAGGGGGAAGGCGCUAGGGGGAAUUUAUGCAAUAAACAUCUCUCUGUAUAUA